AUGAGUGAUUCCGUAAAACAAGAAAAUAUACCAUGUAUAGGAAAUCCAUCUUUUGAGCAAUGUAAGAUAGCUAGUUAUUUAGAAUUCGAAAUAACAGUAAGAUAUUUAUCUAAAUUAAAGGAAGAAAGUAGUGACGAAGAUAAAAAAAAAGCUUUAAAUAAUUAUGAUGCUAUAGCACAAGAUAUUGAUAAAUUUGAAAAAGAUUGCAAACUUUAUAAAGUACCAAAAGAAAUGCAGUAUCCAAUGGCAUACAGAAUAAGUAAUCGUCUAUAUGAUUAUUGUUUUGAUGAACCAUUGACAGAGCAAUAUUCCUUAAAAUUAAAGGAAAUUUUUAGUGUGGAGGAAGAUACAUUUCAAAAAGUUUUUUUGGAGGCAUUAAAGGAAAAGGACAAUAAAUAUAAAAAGAAAAUAAUUGACAAUAUAAAUUUGAUAAAAGAGUAUCUUAAGGAAAAGGGAGAAUCUAAGGGAAUUGCAUUAUCCGAAGAAAAAUUACAAAAUGCAGCAACCAGAAUAAGAGGUUUUUUAAAUGAUUUCUUUUCUUUUUCUAUAAUACCUUCCAGAACUUUUCCUGUGGAACCUGAUGAUGGAAGCCCACCCUUAUAA